AUGGACGGCUCCAUAUCCCCGAGGAUAAAAAGACUUGUAGACUCGGGUAUCUUCAAGGACCCAGAAAUCGACAGGCUUGGAUACGGAACGUUCCAGAAGCAGCAGGGUGCAGAACCAAACCAGUCGGUGCGGAGGGCCAGAGACCUGAGGGCCAGAGUCGGUGCGGUGCUGAAGGAGUCCAGGCGCGAGGGGGCAAAGAUGCUCAUGGAGAUAGUCUUGAUGUACAUAAAGGGAUACAUGGAGGAAUCUGCCAGAUGCAGGGUUGUUGACAUGAUCCGCAGGUGGAAGGGCCUUGCAAAGUACAUUGCAGAGGCGAUGGAGGAGCUUGGCGAGGAAGAGGCUGGCACGUUCCUCAGGACGGUUCUGUUCAAUGUGAAGUUCCACUACCUCCAUCUAGAAAGCUCCUUGAUAGCCAAGCAGGGGAAGAAGAGUGAGGGCCGGGAGAGCAUAUUGGUGUAUUUUCUGAACGAAUACAACGAUCUCUACAGCAUAUUUGCUUCAUCGAAAGCGAAGGGAUUCAGCGUUCUGCAGCUCUGCGACCUUGAGGACAUGAUAAGAGAAAAAAUAAACUCGAUGUAG